CUUAUUCCCACAGUGCUCCUGUGCCUUGGAAGUCAUGGCUGGUCGGGAGAGAGUGGUCCACUUGCUGAAGCAGCUCCAACAGGCAUCAUGUCGGUGCCCUGCUCACUCUCAUGCUUACUCACAAGCACCAGAACAUGCCACGUCCAGAUCGACAGACUAUGCGUUUGAGAUAGCUUGUUCAAAUAUCCGAUAUGGAGAAGGGGUGACCAAGGAAGUUGGUAUGGACCUUCAAAACCUGGGGGCUCGGAAUGUUUGCGUGAUGACAGACAAGAAUAUGGCCACACUUCCUCCUUUGAGGGCUGUGUUGAAUUCACUGGUGCACAAUGGAGUGAAGUUUCAAGUAUUUGACAAGGUCAGGGUGGAGCCAACGGAUGGAAGCUUCAAGGAAGCCAUAGCAUUUGCUAAGCAAGAAAAUUUCGAUGCAUACGUUGCUGUGGGAGGUGGAUCUGUGAUGGACACGUGCAAAGUGGCUAAUCUCUACGCGUGCAGUACCGAUGCUGAGUUUUUAGAUUACGUCAAUGCACCAAUUGGAAAAGGCAAACCUGUCACAGUUAGUCUCCGUCCUUUGAUUGCAGUUCCCACUACAGCAGGUACUGGAAGUGAAACCACAGGAGUUGCAGUGUUUGAUUAUGAAGCCAUGAAGAUUAAAACAGGUAUUGCCAGCAGAGUUCUGAGACCACUCCUUGGGUUAGUCGAUCCUCUUCACACACUACACAUGCCGGAGAGAGUAGCUGCAAACAGUGGCUUUGAUGUACUUUGCCAUGCAUUGGAGUCCUACACAGCCCUGCCUUACAACCAACGGUCACCCUGUCCCUCAAACCCAAUCAAUCGUCCUGCUUACCAGGGGAGUAACCCUAUCAGUGAUGUCUGGUCCAAGCACGCCCUCACCAUUGUGGCCAAGUACAUGAAACGCGCUGUCAGAUCUCCUGAGGACUAUGAGGCGAGGUACAAUAUGCAUCUUGCAAGCGUCUUUGCUGGAAUUGGCUUUGGAAAUGCUGGUGUUCAUCUCUGCCACGGAAUGUCCUACCCAAUCGCCGGAAUGGUGAAGACAUUCAGGGCCAAAGAUUACAAUGUGGAUCAUCCUUUGGUGCCCCAUGGCCUGUCUGUGGUGUUGACAUCACCUGCAGUAUUUGCCUUUACAGGCCCUGCGUGCCCUGAACGCCACUUGGAAGCAGCUGAGAUACUUGGAGCUGACGUACGGAAUGCAAAACGCCAGGAUGCAGGUCUGGUUCUGGCAGACGUACUGCGAAAGUUCAUGUAUGACCUAAAUGUUGAUGAUGGGCUGACUGCAGUCGGUUACACUAAAGAAGAUAUUCCAGCAUUGGUCAGAGGUACUCUGCCUCAGGAGCGAGUGACAAAACUGUCUCCUCGGCCUCAGACUGAGGAAGAACUGGCAGCUUUGUUUGAGUCCUCCAUGAAGCUGUAUUGAUCUUGUUCCGCUAAGCAGAAAGCUGAGAACUACAGUAAGUAACACGUCAUCUCACCAAGCAUGAAAGAACAGAAGAAAGCUGCUACUUAAUCUAACGACCUGUCAGAAUGAAAGAAAUGUAUUGUAAUCCUUAAACUAUAAGCAGUGUUUAUGUGGAAACAAAACUCACAGAGGGCCGUUCUCAGUCUGUCAGUGAUACAUAUUCCCAACUGACUACUGUGCACCUCAGGUAUUAAGGUUAAUUUGGUAAUAUUAUUGUCAGCCCACGCUUUUCAUUGUAGGUUUGGUACGACAGGAGUAUGCUCUGUGUUGGCAGAACUGAGACAAUUACAGUCGGACACGGUUUUAAUGCGGGUGUUCAUAAAAUCACACUUCCAUUUUAUUAUAACGGGGCAUGUUAUAAAAAUGUGAGCAUCUUGAACUUCACCAUUGAGACAGCAUGGAGGGGAGGGAGGUCGUUGCCAGCCUCUGAUACAAUCCCUGUAAAAUUCCCCAUAAAUCGGCCCCCACUCGGCUCUGCAUGGCACGUGAAUGGCUUAAAUUAAGGAUUAAGAAUUUGUUUUACUCAGAGGGUUAUUAGAUUACAGAAUGCCUCAGCACAAAUGGCUGUUGGUGCCAAUCCAUGAUAAUAUUUCUAAAGGGAAUGGGAUAAACACUUGAAUAAAAAUAUUAAAGGGUACGGGGAACGGAGAAUGGGAACUAGAAUAAUUGGCACCAGUGGGGGAACCAGAAAUGGCAUCAGAGAAUGGCUGCCCCCUGUGUUGUAAUUUGAGUUAAGGCGAUAUCGUGUCAUUCACGAUGUCAAAAUCCGCAAAUCAUCUUUGAGCGCAACAACUGUGCCACAGUCGGGGUUGGGGGGGAGAGCGGGAUAGCUGCUGUCAAUCUUUAGUCAUAAAAUAAAAGGUCAAUAUUUCUAAACAGAUUCAUUCUGAUCUCACAUUGAGUCUAUUAAGAAACAUUGUAAUUUUCAUCACAUAGUGCAAAGAGAACUCCCCCACAUGCUCAGUAUGCAGCCCUUGUCUACAGAUAGCAACGGACUCGGACAAAACACUUGUGAGUUUUUCUAAGAAACCGAGGUUCUUGAGCAAAAAUGUAUUUGUGUUUUUUGCUCUCCGGAUUAAAUGUGUUUUUUUAACCUUAGGAAAGUGUCCUUACAGUGCUGUGACGCUAAAUAAUAUUGAUUUUUUUCCAACUGAAAUGGCCUUGGGACUGUGUCAAACAGCAAGAGAUAUAAUUGCUGCCCCAUAACUUUGUAUUGAUAUUGUCUGUCCAUACUUGAAUAGAUUCUGAUUGAUUGUCAUGCUCCUGUGAUUCUAACAUGAAUAACACCAGAAAUAAAGCUGCUUUAUCACAAA